GAGGCAAGAGAAUCGCUUGAGCCCAGGAGCUGGAGGUUGCUGUGAGCCGUGAUGCCACAGCACUCCACCAGGGUGACAGCUUGAGGCUCUGUUUCAAAAACAAACAAGAAAAAAACCCUGGUGAUGUCCCCCUGUCUCUCUGUCCCUGGCUGACCUGAGGCUAGCCUCCCAAUCCAUCUCUCUCUUUCCAGAGACCCAAGAGAGGAUGUGAAUGUGGUUAAUUCUGGGAUCUUGAGCUACACACACUGGCUUCUAGGCCUGACUCUGCUGGCCGUGUGACCUUAGACAAGUUACUUAAUCUCCCUGAGCCUCAUUUGCCUCUUGUGUAAAAUAGGUACAAUAACAGCCCCUACCUUGUGGGAUGAGAGAAAAUGACAAUGACGCAUGUAAUGCCCUCAGUGCAGCCUUGGUAUGUCAUGACCACGUUGCACAUGGAGCCCAGACUUUUCCAGGCCUCUUCACCCUCCUGUCUUCACUUACCUUCUCUACUGUCCAGGCCAUCCUCACUCUGUCAGCUUGGAAAUCUCUAACUGGGUUUUUGCCAUCCAAAAACUCUCUAGUGCCUGUCCACUGCUUUAAUUUAUGUAUAUAUAUGUAUAUAUAUCUUUUGUUGUUGUUGUUGAGACAGCGUCCCAACCUAUGCCCUGAGCAGAGUGCAAUGGGGUCAUAGCUCAUUGUAACCUCAGACUCAGGCAGUGGCCAUCCCACUGCCUCAGCCUCCAGAAGUUGCUGGGGUUACAGGCACUCGCUGUGGUGCCUGGCUGGGUUUUUCAUUUUUUUAUAAGUCAGGGUCUCACUCUCUCAGGCAAGUCUUGAACUCCUGAGCUGAAGCAAUUCUCCCUCCUCAGCCUCCCACAAAGCUGGGAUUAUAGGCGUGAGGCACCGCACCGGCAAUAUAUGUAUUUUUUUGAGAUCGAGUCUUAUUUUGUCACCCUCAGUAGAGUGCUAUGGUGUCAUAACUCACAGCAACCUCAAAACUCUUGGGCUCAAACGAUCCUCUUGCCUCAGCCUCCCAAGUAGCUGGGAUUACAGGCAUAUGCCACCAUGCCUGGCUAAUUUUUCUAUUUUGAGUAGAGAUUGGGUCUUGCUCUUGCUCAGGCAGGUCUUGAACUCCUGAGCUCAGGCAAUUCACCCACCUGGGCCUCCCAGGGUGCUGGGAUUACAGGUGUGAGCCCCCAUGCCUGGCCUUGCUUUAAUUAAUAAACUUUUAAUUAAAGUAUUUAAUUGGUUUUGGGGCUGACUAGGUGUGGGGGCAACAAUGUGAAACAGGCAGCCUAUCAGGUGGCAGGAAAUCCCAGGGAGAGAAAGGGAGUGUGGCGUGACUUAGAAGGAGCAGAAAGUGACUUGGAGCCAAGGUCUGCAGUAGGGGAGGGCAGGCAGGGAGCUGGGCUUUUCUCUCUCUGAGGGAAAAGCAUCUGGGGUCAGGGCCAGGGUCAAGGUGGAGCGCCCCUGAAGGGACAUGUCUGAGGACAGCCAGCAGGCCAGCAAUGGGGCAGAGGAAGCAGGAUGAGAGAUCACCGGGUGGGGUGACCCUAACUCUAACCCUCACCUGACCCCUGUGGGCUUUUAUUCAGAGCGAGAGGGGAGCCAUUGGAGAGUCUUGAGUAGAUAUAAUGUGACUCCUGUUCGAACAGGGGCCACUUUGGCUGCCCAUGGAGAACAGAUGGGGAAGGUGAGGCCGGUUUUGAAGUCAUUGUCACCCAGCUGAGAGAUAGCAGUGUCCUGAAGAGCAGAGGCUGAGCUAUGGCUACAGAUGCUAAAGGGGAGCCGAGGGAAUAUCUGGACUCAUGGAUGGGGAUGUGAAAGAAAAAGUUAAGGGUGAUGCCAAAGUUUUUGUCCUAAUGUAUUAGUUUCCAGAGUAGUUGUAACAAAUUAACACCAAUUGGCUUUAGAGCAACAGAAUUAUUCUCUCCCAGUUCUCUAGCCCAGAAGCGUGACAUCCAGGUGUCAGCAGGGAUUGCUCCCUCUGAAGCCUCUCCAGGAGGUUCCUUCCUUGUCUCUCCCAACUUCCAGGGGCCCCAGAUGUUCCUUGGCUUGUAGGUGCAUCAUUCCGGUCUCUGCCUCUGUUGUCAUGUGGCCCUCUUCCUGUGUGUCCUGUCUCCGCACCUCCUCUCCACUUCUUAGAAUGACAAUAGUCAUGUGCUUACUGCAGACCCUGUGAUUACAUACUCCCUAUGACUAAAUCCUGACUACAUCUGCAAUGACCCUGUUUCCAGAUAAGGCCACAUUCUGAGGUAUGCCACCACACCGACUGCCAGCAACUCCACCGCCAAGGCCCUCUCAAUCUCUGCGAGGCCUGUGACAGUAAGUUUCACAGCGCCAUGUAUUAUGACGGGCACGUCCGCUUCGACCUACCCCUGCAAGGCUCUGUCCUGGCCCGGAAUGUGUCCACCCGGUCAUGUCCCCCACGCACCAGCCCUGCAGUGGACUUGGAGGAGGAAGAGGACAUCUCCGUGGACAGCAAAGGGGACCGGAAGAGUACAGGCUUGAAACUCUCCAAGAAGAAGGCCAGGAGGAGAUACACAGAUGACCCUAGCAAGGAGUGCUUCACCCUGAAAUUUGACCUGAAUGUGGACAUUGAGACAGAGAUUGUGCCAGCCAUGAAGAAGAAGUCUCUGGGGGAGGUGCUGCUGCCAGUAUUUGAAAGGAAGGGCAUCACACUGGGCAAAGUGGACAUCUACCUGGACCAGUCCAACACACCCCUGUCCCUCACCUUUGAGGCCUACAGGUUCGGAGGACAUUACCUUCGGGUCAAAGCCAAGCCAGGGGACGAGGGCAAGGUGGAGCAGGGAGUGAAGGACUCCAAGUCUCUGAGUCUGCCUAUCCUACGGCCGGCUGGGCCAGGGCCCCCUGUGCUGGAGCGUGUGGACCCCCAGAGCCGCUGGGAGAGCCUGGAUAUCUUGGCCCCCAGCCGCCGACGGAAAAACAUGUCAGAGUUCCUGGGGGAAGCGAGCGUCCCGGGCCAGGAGCCCCCCACACCCUCCAGCUGCUCUCUGCCCAGCAGCGGCAGUGGCAGCACCAGCAGUGGGGGUGGUGACAGCUGGAAGAACAGGGCAGCCAGUCGCUUCAGUGGCUUCUUUAGCUCAGGCCCCAGCACCAGCACCUUUGGACGGGAGGUAGACAAGAUGGAGCAGCUAGAGGGCAAGCUGCAUGCCUAUGGCCUCUUUGGGCUGCCCAGGCUGCCCCGGAGGCUGCGCUUUGACCAUGACUCCUGGGAGGAGGAGGAUGACGAUGAGGAGGAUGAGGAUGAGGACAGUGCCUGCCUGAGGGUGGAGGACAGCUGGAGGGAGCUCAUUGAUGGGCAUGAGAAACUGACCCGGCGGCAGUGCCACCAGCAGGAGGCGGUGUGGGAGCUGUUGCACACAGAGGUGGCUUACAUCAGGAAACUGCGGGUGAUCACCAAUCUGUUUCUGUGCUGCCUUCUGAACCUGCAGGAGUCGGGGCUGUUGUGUGAGGUGGAGGCCGAGCGCCUGUUCAGCAACAUCCUGGAGAUCGCGCGGCUGCACCGCGGGCUGUGGGGCAGUGUGAUGGUACCGGUGCUGGAGAAGGCGCGGCGCACGCGGGCGCUCCUGCAGCCCGGGGACUUCCUCAAAGGCUUCAAGAUGUUCGGCUCCCUCUUCAAACCCUACAUCCGAUACUGCAUGGAGGAGGAGGGCUGCAUGGAGUACAUGCGAGGCCUGCUGCGCGACAACGACCUCUUCCGCGCUUACGUCACGUGGGCCGAGAAGCAGCCCCAGUGCCAGCGUCUGAAGCUGAGCGACAUGCUGGCCAAGCCCCACCAGCGGCUCACCAGGUACCCGCUGCUGCUCAAGUCGGUGCUGAGGAAGACAGAUGAGAGGCGGGCCAAGGAGGCGGUCGUUACCAUGAUCGGCUCAGUGGAGCGCUUCAUCCACCACGUGAACGCGUGCAUGCGGCAGCGACAGGAGCGCCAGCGGCUGGCGGCGGUGGUGAGCCGAAUCGACGCCUACGAGGUGGUGGAGGGCAGCAACGACGAGGUGGACAAGCUCCUGAAGGAAUUUCUGUACCUGGACCUAACAGCGCCCAUCUCCGGUGCUUCUCUGGAGGAGACGCGACAGCUGCUGCUGGAGGGGAGCCUGAAGAUGAAGGAGGGGAAGGACAGCAAGAUGGACGUGUACUGCUUCCUCUUCACGGAUCUGCUCUUAGUCACCAAGGCAGUGAAGAAGGCUGAGAAGACCAAAGUCAUCAGGCCACCACUGCUGGUAGACAAGAUUGUGUGCCGGGAGCUGCGAGACCCUGGCUCCUUCCUCCUCAUCUACCUGAAUGAGUUUCACAGCGCUGUGGGGGCCUACACGUUCCAGGCCAGUGGCCAGGCCUUGUGCCGUGGCUGGGUGGAUGCCAUUUACAAUGCUCAGAACCAGCUCCAACAGCUGCGGGCACAGGAACACUCCAGCAGCCAGCAGCACCUGCAGAGCCUGGUAGAGGAGGAUGAACAGGAGGAGGAAGGGGAGGAGAGUAGCACCUCUGCUGCUAGUUCCCCUACCAUCCUGCGUAGAAGCAGCAACAGCCCAGACUCCCAACAUUGCGCCUCGGACGGCUCCACGGAGACACUGGCCAUGGUAGUGGUGGAGCCUGAGGAGGCAUUGUCCUCCCCCGAGUUUGACGGUGGCCCCUUCAGCUCCCAGUCAGAUGAGACCUCUCUCAGCACCACUGCCUCAUCCAUCAUGCCCACCGGGGAGCUGCUGCCCCUGGGCCCUGUGGAUGGCCGCUCCUGCUCCAUGGACUCUGCCUACGGCACCCUGUCCCCAACCUCCCUGCAGGACUUUGCAGGCCCUGCCCCUGUGGCAGAGGCAGUACCCCGGCCCCCGGAAUUGGCACGAGCCCCUUCCCCACCACCAUCGCCCCGCCUCCGCCGUCGCACCCCUGUCCAGUUGCUGCCCUGCCUGCCCCACCUGCUCAAGUCCAAAUCUGAGGCCAGCCUCCUCCAGCUGCUGUCAGGAGCUGGCACCCAUGGAACGCCCCCAGCCCCCAGCCGCAGCCUAUCAGAGCUCUGCCUGGCUGCUCUAGCCCCAGGUGCUAGGACUCGGGACUGCUCUCAGGAAGCUGGGCCCAGCUGGGGGGCAUCCAGUCCUUACAGUGGCCCCAAACCAUUAGAGCCUGAGAACAGAGCCACCUGCUUGGUUGAGGAGCCUGCAGGCUCUGCCAGGAGGAGGUGCAGAGAGCUGUCCUCUGGGAGCUCGCCUGGGGUUCAGCCAGAGCCCCUUCCAGGGGUCUCUGCCCAGCACCGGAAGCUGACACUAGCCCAGCUCUACCGAAUCAGGACGACCCUGCUGCUUAACUCCACUCUCACUGCCUCGGAGGUCUGAACAGAGGGAGGCCCCGGAGAGUGCCACUGACCAAGGGACAGCAGACAAGCAUGCCUCCUGAGAGGUACUGGCACCUGCUUCAGCUGCUGUUCCUGUGUGCAUGCACCGGAUUGCUGGGAAGGACCUCUGUACCAUCUGGGGCCCAAUUUGCACUUUGCUAGGCUGGACAGAGUGGGGGAGCCUACAGCCCAGGCUACAGUAGCCCCCAAACACCCGUGCAGGGGUCCCUUGUCUCCUAUACCCUGAGGCUCCCAGUUCUCCUCCAGGCUGGGCUGGGCUCCCAGACUGCCCUUCUCGCCUGUACUCUCCUUGGCCUCCAAUGGGUCAUGUUCCUGCCCUGUCCCUGCCUUCCCUAGGUCCCACGGUCCACCCCAGGCUUGGGCUGGGCUCUAUGUAAAGUUACAUAUUUAUUGAGCUUUGGUUCUUUUAUAAAGACUUGUACAUACUUCACUGGGAAGAGUCCUUUGCUUUUGGAAGCCACUCCCUUUCUGACUCAGGUGUAUUUGAGCUCAGGUCAAGCUCUGGUUGGGCACCUCCGUGUGCCCCUGUGCCACUCCAUCUGUAGUCAGGCACCAGUAGAGUACACUUAGAAAGCGGUCUCAAAGUAAGGCGGGUGAGAGUGUCACCAAACAAACAGCCCAGGACUCUUUCCUUGCUUCAGCCCUGAGCUCUGCCAUUAGAUCCUCAUGGGAUGCUGCCUGGGAUUCAAUGUUAUGGAAUGCAAGAUUUUAUUUAUUUAUUUUUUAUUUUUUUUUUGAGACAGAGUCUCACUCUGUCGCCCUGGGUAGAGUGUCGUGGCAUCACAGCUCACAGCAAGCUCUCAACUCCUGGGCUUAAGCGAUUCUCUUGCCUCAGCCACCCAAGUAGCUGGGACUACAGGCACCCGCCACAAUGCCCGGCUAUUUUUUGGUUGCAGUUCGGCCGGGGUCGGGUUUGAACCCGCCACCCUUGGUAUAUGGGGCUGGCGCCUUACCGACUGAGCCACAGGUGCCGCCCAUGGAAUGCAAGAUUUUAAAGGCUCGCCAGAGACAUCAAUUAAUUAAAACCAAUUUUAGGAGUCUUUAUUAGGUUGGCCAACCGACCCUCCCUCUACGUGGAUACAGAGGGAAUAGCACAGGCCAUGAGAAGGGAUUAUAUAAGGUAAAUUAUAUUAUCAGGGGCUACAUGCAAUCCAGCCGGCAAGCAAGCAAGCAACCGACUUCUGUCAUCUGUUACAGAAGCAAAAAGCAUCACAGCACUUGCAGUUACAAUAGUCACAGAUCCCAAGUCACAGAUCACAAAACUGAGUAGGGAAACAAUUUUACUCUGAACAAUGGGUCAGACAAUAAUAGCAGUGUCAUACUGGCAGCUACUCCGUUUGUUGUUUAAUUUUUUUUUUUUUUUGCAGUUUUUUUGGCCGGGACUGGGUUUGAACCCACCACCUCUGGCAUAUGGGGCCAGCACCCUACUCCUUUGAGCCACAGGUGCCA